CUAUCUCUCAGAGCCAGUGCCUGUAUUUCAAAUAGGAUCUUGUUUGUAUUGAAUGCAGAUAGCUGUUUGUUGUGAUUAUGCCCAUUUUGACAACCUAUUUUUAACCUACAGUUUUACUUUUUUCAUAUUUUAACGUACAAUUGGCAAUUUCUUUCUAUUGUCUAUCAUUUUUUUAUUGUUAUGGUUAACUCUUGCUCUGUGGUUUGUGUUCUCUGGUAAUUAUCAGACAGAGUGAGUGAGUGAGAGAGAGAGGGAAAGAGAGAGAGAGAGAGAGAGAUCCACAGCUCUUCGGAAUUUAAGUUUUGACAGCUGCGGGUGAACGCCACUGCUCGUCCCAGCCUGUAAAAGGUUACUUAGUUCCUCCAGGUGUAAGGUGUGGAGGAGAGAGACUACAAGGUGCCCAAUGGGACAAGUAGGGAUUUAAUUUCCCCAGUGGAACAAAAGAGGACACCGGAGGAAAGGACUUGGCACAAUGAUUCGCAAAGAUUCAAAAAGUAGUAGAAAGUCCCGUCAGGAGGUGGGAAUUGUGAUAAAGAACAGAAGACCGGUGCAGAGGAGGAUGACAUGCCCCAGCCCGCAGGAGAUCAGUCGGGCUCUACAGAGUCCACCAGCUCACCCAUCGUUUCGUGCUGCCAGCCUGGAUGAGCUCAUCCUCCGCUGCCUCCACUGCUUCGAAUUAGAUGGGAAGCUUACCAAAGGAACUCAGCUUGUUCAUAUGACCAUGAUGAUGCAUAACUGGGUGGUACCAUCCAACAUCUUCGCCCAUAAACUUCAUUCCUUAUAUAAGGAUUGUCCAGCAGAGAAGAGAGCACAGAGGUGCCCACAAAUCUGCCACUUCAUCAGGCAUUGGAUUAGAAAAUUUAGGCUGAUGUUUGAGGCAGACCCUCUAUUAGAAGAAGCGAUGGGAGAUCUUUGGGCUCUGGUCAGAGUUGAGGGGAAUGACAUGCACAAUCAGCUUUUCAACACACCUUACAUUAAUCCUCCAGUGAAUGUUUCCCAGACUCCCUCUCCCUCAGUAAAGAAAAGGAAAGUUUCCCUGCUGUUUGACCACAUGGAACCAGACGAAAUGGCUGAACAUCUCAGCUACUUGGAGUUCAAAAACUUUUGCAAUGUCUCAUUCCUAGACUACCGCAGUUAUGUGGUUCAUGGCUCAGUGAGGGAUAAUCCAGCCCUUGAGCGCUCUGUCAUGCUCUGCAAUGGAGUCUCCCAGUGGGUCCAACUCAUGAUCCUUAACAGACACACCCCACAGCAGCGAGCAGAGGUCUUUACCAAGUUCAUACAUGUAGCACAGAAGCUGAGAGCCCUGCAGAACUUCAAUACACUGAUGGCUGUGAUAGGAGGGCUGUGUCAUAGCUCUAUAUCUCGUCUCAAAGAUACAGCCAGCCUGCUGUCCUCUGAUGUCACAAAGACUCUCAGUGAACUCACAGAUCUGCUGUCAUCCUACAGCAACUAUUCAAAUUACAGGAGGGUAUACAAUGAAUGCACUGGAUUCAAGGUGCCUAUCUUGGGUGUUCAUCUUAAAGAUCUGAUCUCCCUCAACGAGGCUCUGCCAGACUACCUGGAGGAUGAUAAGAUCAACCUGGGGAAACUACAGCAUUUAUAUAGCAACAUUAGUGACUUGUUGGCCAUCCAUGACUGCACCCCACCGUUUGAGGCCAACAAAGACUUGCUGCACCUGCUAACGCUCUCGCUAGACCUGUGUUACACGGAGGAUGAGAUAUACGAGCUGUCCUAUGCCAAGGAGCCCAAGAACCCCAAAAUUCAGCCCGUAGCUCAAGUGAAGUCCCCUGUGAUAGCAGAGUGGGGAUCAGGAGUUACUCCUCGCCUGGAUCCGGCUACCAUAUCUAAACACGUUAAACAGAUGGUUGAUUCCAUCAUGAAGAACUACGACUUGAACAUGGAUGGCUACAUCUCUAUGGAGGACUUUGAGAAGAUUGCUGCAAACUUUCCUUUCUCUUUCUGCACACAUGAGAGCGAUAGAGAAGGAGAGAUCAGCAGAGAAGAGAUUACUUCCUAUUUCAUGCGUGGGAUGUCAGUGUGUGCUAAGCUUGGCUUCAACCUCCACAACCUGCAUAAUUUCCAUGAGACCACAUACAAGAGGCCCACAUUCUGUGACACCUGUGGAGGCUUUUUAUGGGGAGUGAUAAAGCAAGGCUACCACUGCAGAGACUGUGGAGUGAACUGUCAUAAGCACUGUAAAGAUGUGGUGGGAAUGGAGUGUAUCAAGAGGUUCCAGGUGUCCAGUAGCUCUUGUCCCUGCACUCCAGGUCCUUUAUCAGGCAUGCACAUUAAGGGCAACAGCUGGAGUUCUGAGGAGGAAGCAUUUUUCUUCCCUAAUGGAAAUGGAUCUGAACACUCAAAGGGCCAAACCUCGUCAGAUAGCGACGCAGAGGCGGCUACAUUAUUAGACAGAUCCACCCAGACAGACCCAGCAGUGUGGACACCAGUGGCAAAACGAAAAGACCGACUUAACUCUCAGAAACAACAUCCACCCCUUGUUAAGAGCGCCACUCUACCAGUAAGGGUGCGAGGUUCCUCUGCCCCUAGUUCUUUCCUACAGGAGAAAAUGGAUGAAUUGAAGUUGAACAAAGAUAAAAGAAGAGAACCAGACUGAAGCUGUUGUUGAUGUGGACAUGUGUUUGUGUGUGUGGUCUCACCAUAAAACCAGACAGAUAUUACCACUGGAUUUCAAUGUUUCUCAUUAAACAAUAAAGGAACUGUUAAAUACCCUGGACUGAACAGACAUCCCCUCAUAUUUCUCGCAAACCGUCUUGUUCUAUUGUCUUCAACAGAUUGUCCAUGACGUUCAUUAAAUGUGAUGAAAUUCUACCCAGAAGGACUAAAGCAAGGGAUAUUAUUUAAGGAAUUACAGAGGGUCCAAUCCCUCAUGGCUCUUUUAAAACCCUAUCAAUGGAACUUUAUGGUAAGAACUUUCUAUGCACCAGCAUCAACUGCCAGGGAGGACCACAUCAAUGGACCUCACAUUUUCACAGGUACCCAAAGGUGGACUGUCUGCUACAUCAUUCACCUCACUACCACUCAUCUUUGUAAGACUUACAGACUUUCUUGACUUUUUCCACAAAGAGGUGCUUUCUGCAAGAACUGUUUGAGGGCCAAACCGUGUUGUCUUUAUAUUCACAUACUGUAUACACUGUGAUUAAUUGUGUUGUUCAGUUGAACAGCAAGAAUGUAUCUCCUCUGUGAAGGGACUUGUGAUUUUGGUGCUGAUUUAAUACUCGCAAUGCAUCACUGUGCCUUAUGCAAUGAACAAUUCACUUAUAGGAGACAAAGGGUAUUAUAUCACUGGUUAUAUCAGACAAUAGUCCUGUCCCAAUGAGCACAUUCUGCUUCAUUAGUGAUCAAUUUUGUGAGUUGAAUAGGUGAAACCAAGAUCAUGAUUGGCUCGCACUCAUCCAGUGCAUUUCGAGCAUCAGCACUAAUAAAUAAUAGAGUGAGGUUACGGUUAAUGAAAACCAAUUCAAAUGAACAUUGUGGACCUAUUUUAAGUUGUUUUUCUAAUGUAUUGAUCUUAUCUUUGACUUGAAUGUCUGUUUUAGUAAAUCUUGCAUUUAGGCUAUAGAUUUUUAUUUAUUGAGGAAUUGUAAUUCUGAAGUAUUUUCCAUAAUAAAGCACUGCCUGAUGUGAUUGAAAAAUAAAUGUGAAA